AGCCGGUCCCACUCGGUUCUGGGCGUGGCGGCCAUUUUGUUUUGGGCAACGAGCGGGAGGAGUCGGAGGCGGCGGCAGUGGUGGCAGCGACGCAGGGCAGGAAAGGGCAGGCCGGGCGAGCAGGCAGACCGGCCGACCUGACAGCCGGCCGGCAGCAGCGAGCUAACCUAGCAGCCUAGCGCUUACACCUCUGACCAACCGCCCACCAAGUCAAGUCAGGUUCCGCCGGGCCCCGGCCCGCGCGCCGCAGCCGUGGUGGCAGCCCCGGGAGGCGCACUGGCGUCCGUUUCCUUCGAUCCUCGGGAUUUGAAGAUGGCUGCUCAGUCGGCGCCGAAAGUUGUGCUAAAGAGCACCACCAAGAUGUCUCUAAAUGAGCGCUUUACUAAUAUGCUGAAGAACAAACAGCCGAUGCCAGUGAAUAUUCGGGCUUCGAUGCAGCAACAACAGCAGCUAGCCAGUGCCAGAAACAGAAGACUGGCCCAGCAGAUGGAGAAUAGACCCUCUGUCCAGGCAGCAUUAAAACUUAAGCAGGUGAGAGGACGGGUCCUGAUGCUCCAGAAGCAGCUGGUGCUCUCUGUCAGGCAGUCCACUGAGGCUGUCAGGACGUGGAGGAUGAUUGCAAGUGGCUCAGGGCAAAAGCAGAAACUUCUCUGGAGGAAAGAGAAGUUCAGAGAAUUCCCAGUUUGUCAGACUUUAUAUGCAAGUCCGGACAAUGGCUGUGGAAGGAUAUGUCCAAGCUGUGGCUGGGCGUCUGGAGGGCGAUGCCAUGCAACUAAGAGCUUAAAGCAGCGCCUGGGUAAGAGUAACAUCCAGGCACGGUUAGGCCGACCCAUAGGGACCCUGGCCAGGGGAGCAAUCGGAGGACGAGGCCUACCCAUAAUCCAGAGAGGCUUACCCCGAGGAGGACUCCGUGGGGGACGUGCCACCAGAACCCUGCUUAGGGGCGGGAUGUCGCUCCGAGGUCAAAACCUGCUCCGAGGUGGACGAGCCGUAGCUCCCCGAAUGGGCUUAAGAAGAGGUGGUGUUCGAGGUCGUGGAGGUCCUGGGAGAGGGGGCCUAGGGCGUGGAGCUAUGGGUCGUGGCGGAAUCGGUGGUAGAGGUCGGGGGAUGAUAGGUCGGGGAAGAGGGGGCUUUGGAGGUCGAGGCCGAGGCCGUGGACGAGGGAGAGGUGCCCUCACUCGCCCUGUACUGACCAAGGAGCAGCUGGACAACCAGUUGGAUGCGUACAUGUCGAAAACAAAAGGACACCUGGAUGCCGAGUUGGAUGCCUACAUGGCACAAACAGAUCCAGAAACUAAUGAUUGAAACCUGCCCGCCCUCCUGUGAGAGACUCUUGUUCAAAAGUCACCACAUCUGUAAAUACCCUUGAGAUAACAGAUGGAGAAGAAGCCUGAACGAUGCUGGGAGGACCUAUCACGAUAGGCCAUGGACUUAACUUGCCACCAGUUUGUGCAUUUAGUGUGUUCCUUUUACUUUUUUGAUACUGUGUUGUAUGAAACCCCUUUUUCCUCUGACGCGGGUUUUGUUUUGUUGUGUUUGGGGUUUUUACCCCCAUUGCUCUGACUUCUCUUUGAACACGAAUGUGGCGGACUCGUGGCUAGAACACCCUCUUCUCGUCUCUGUGUCCGCGUGAAAAAAGUCCCAGAAAGAGCCCAUCAGUGUUCCUUCCUGAUGGCCUAGGUUCUGUUCUAUGUGACCUUUAAUAGCCUCUUAGAAGUGUUUAGAAAACGUGCAGCUCAGAAAUGAAUUCUGCCGCACUAAUACAUCAGUGUAGUAAAUUAGGGACACUGACAUAGCCACAGGGCCACAUAACAGGUUAUACAUGGUAACACCUGAUUUGAUUAAAGUCACUUCUGUGUACAUUGACACCACACGACAAGUGUGCUGGGUUGGGUGUGUGCACUUCCUACGCUGAAAUGAGGCCUGUAAACUUUGCUCUUGGCUUUGAAUCAUGUCCUAAGCUACUGUUAGGAUGGCUUACACCUGCAACAGAGAGGAAAUGGCCAUUCGGUUUGGCAGAUGUCUCGGAAAAAGGGAUAGAAUGGUCAGGUACCUUCUAGGAGUCCAAAGAUUGCGUGCUAGAAUGCUAUUGUCCUUGUGUUUAUCCCAAACCAGUCCUGGGCUUCUCCAUUCAUUGGCUUUGUUUGGCCCUGUCUUUAUUUCCCUUUGAAGUUACAAGUUCAACCAUAUUCUGUCACCUGUUCAGUUUUCAGUGGAAUCUUGUAUUUCUGGUUCAUCAUAACAAGAAAUUGUUCUCAAAUCUA